ACAGCACUAGAUUUUUAAAAAGUGAAAACACCAUUUUGUUUCUUCUCUCGCCGGCACUGGCACUCGGCAGAGAAACAAAAAGCAAAAUUCAAAAAAAGAAGAAGAGGAAGGAAAAUUCAAGAAGAAAAAAGAGGAAGCUCUUUUUUCUUACAUCUGGAGCUCUGCAUUUGGGGAGAUCGAUUAGAUUAAUAGAAGGAAAUAGGAAUUAAAAAUGUCUUCUGAAGAAGAGAAAUUAUUGAAAGAGGCGAAGAAAUUGCCAUGGGAAGAUCGGUUGUUGCACAAGAAUUGGAAAGUAAGGAACGAGGCUAACAUUGACUUAGCUUCUCUAUGCGAUUCCAUCACGGAUCCGAAGGACUCGAGGCUCCGCGAAAUCGCUCCGUUUUUCAGAAAGACGGUGGCGGAUUCGAAUGCCCCGGUGCAGGAGAAGGCGUUGGAUGCUUUGAUUGCGUUCUUAAAAGCGGCUGAUGCUGAUGCUGGAAGGUAUGCGAAGGAAGUGUGCGAUGCCAUCGUGGCGAAGUGUCUCACUGGUAGGCCUAAGACAGUUGAGAAGGCUCAGGCAGCCUUCAUGCUCUGGGUAGAAUUGGAAGCUGUUGAUGUUUUCCUGGAUUCAAUGGAGAAGGCCAUAAAGAAUAAAGUUGCCAAAGCAGUGGUGCCCGCAAUAGAUGUCAUGUUUCAAGCCUUAAGUGAAUUUGGAGCCAAAGUUGUCCCUCCUAAAAGAAUCCUGAAGAUGCUUCCUGAACUUUUUGACCAUCAAGACCAAAAUGUCCGUGCAUCCUCCAAAGGACUGACUCUUGAGCUCUGUCGUUGGAUUGGAAAGGAUCCUGUCAAGUCAAUACUGUUUGAGAAGAUGCGUGACACUAUGAAAAAAGAGCUAGAGGCUGAGCUUGUGAAUGUAACGGGCACGGCCAAGCCAUCACGGAAGAUAAGAUCUGAGCAAGACAGGGAGCCAGAACAUGAAGCUGUUUCUGAAGCUGCAGGCCCUGGCCCUGUUGAAGAAUCUGCAGAUAAUACGCCUCAGGAAAUAGAUGAAUAUGAGCUUGUUGAUCCUGUUGAUAUAUUAACUCCUCUGGAGAAGUCUGGAUUUUGGGAUGGAGUGAAAGCUACCAAGUGGUCAGAAAGAAAGGAGGCUGUGGCUGAACUAACCAAGCUUGCAUCAACUAAAAAGAUAGCACCCGGUGAUUUUACAGAAGUUUGUCGGACAUUGAAAAAGCUUGUUACAGAUGUAAACAUAGCUGUUGCAGUUGAAGCAAUCCAAGCUGUUGGGAAUCUUGCACGGGGAUUGCGAACUCAUUUUGCUGGCAGUUCACGCUUUUUAUUGACAGUUUUACUUGAAAAAUUGAAAGAGAAAAAACCUGCUUUGACCGAGUCACUCACACAAACACUUCAAGCAAUGCACAAAGCAGGAUGCUUAAAUCUGGCGGACAUUGUGGAAGAUGUUAAAACUGCAACAAAAAACAAAGUUCCACUUGUGCGUUCAUUAACUUUGAACUGGGUCACAUUCUGUAUUGAAACAAGUAAUAAGGCUGUUAUUCUGAAGGUGCAUAAGGAUUAUGUCUCAAUCUGUAUGGAGUGUCUUAAUGAUGGGACCCCAGAUGUGAGAGACGCAGCCUUUUCAGCUUUGGCAGCUGUUGCUAAGUCUGUCGGUAUGAGGCCAUUAGAGAGGUCAUUGGAGAAACUUGAUGAUGUUAGAAAAAAGAAGCUCUCUGAAAUGAUUGCUGGAUCUGGUGCUGCUGUGUCUGCUAAUACUAGUUCAGCUGCUGUUCAAAAUUCAGGUGGAGGUGUGUCUUCUACGGAGUCUAUUGUGUCUAUGCAGGUUUCAGAAGGCUCAUUUGUUAGGAGAUCAGCAGCGAGCAUGCUUAGUGGGAAGAGACCUGUUCCUGUAGCACCUGCCAACAAGAAAGGGGCUUCAGUGAAGUCAGGCAACAAUAAAAAGGUAGAAGGAGCUGGGCGGCCAGAAACAGCAAAAUUGACUGAAGCACCUGAAGACAUUGAGCCAGCAGAAAUGAGUCUUGAAGAGAUUGAAAGCAGAUUAGGUUCCCUCAUACAGGCAGAUACUGUUUCUCAAUUGAAGAGUGCUGUAUGGAAGGAACGUCUUGAAGCCAUAUCCUUACUGAAACAACAGGUUGAAGGUAUACAGGACCUUGAUAAGUCUGUGGAGAUUUUGAUUCGUUUACUUUGUGCUGUCCCUGGUUGGAAUGAGAAAAAUGUUCAGGUCCAGCAACAAGUUAUUGAAAUUGUCACUUAUCUGGCCUCUACUGCAUCAAAAUUACCAAAGAAAUGUGUUGUGCUUUGCCUUCUUGGUAUAAGUGAAAGAGUGGCAGAUAUCAAGACUCGUGCUCAUGCUAUGAAGUGCCUCACCACUUUUUCUGAGUCAGUAGGUCCCGGAUUUGUUUUUGAAAGGCUUUAUAAAAUCAUGAAAGAACAUAAGAAUCCCAAGGUUCUUAGUGAGGGUUUGUUGUGGAUGGUCUCGGCUGUUGACGACUUUGGUGUAUCACAUCUGAAAUUGAAGGAUCUAAUUGAUCUCUGUAAAGAUACUGGACUGCAGUCCAGUGCUGCAGCCACCCGAAAUGCUACAAUUAAGGUUUUGGGUGCUUUACAUAAGUUUGUUGGUCCAGAUAUCAAGGGGUUUCUUACGGAUGUCAAACCUGCAUUACUUAGUGCCCUCGAUGCUGAAUAUGAAAAAAAUCCAUUUGAGGGUACUUCUGCCAUUCCAAAGAAAACUGUCAAGGCGUUGGAAUCCACAUCUUUGUCAGUUGGUGGACUUGAUGGUCUGCCACGUGAAGAUAUUAGUGGAAAGAUCACUCCUACCCUGUUAAAGAGCUUGGAAAGUCCUGAUUGGAAGGUUCGUUUGGAGUCUAUUGAAGCUGUCAAUAAAAUUUUGGAAGAAGCUAACAAGCGCAUUCAACCUACUGGAACUGGAGAACUAUUUGGUGCUCUUAGGGGGCGGCUAUAUGAUAGCAACAAAAAUUUGGUUAUGGCCACCUUGACUACCAUUGGUGGUGUUGCAUCUGCAUUGGGACCAGCCGUCGAGAAGGCAAGCAAGGGAAUUCUAUCUGAUAUUUUGAAAUGCCUUGGUGACAAUAAGAAGCAUAUGAGAGAGAGCACUUUGUCUACUUUAGAUGCUUGGAAUGCUGCUGUUCAUUUUGAUAAAAUGGUUCCUUACAUCACUUCAGCACUAAUAGACACUAAGCUUGGGGCGGAAGGACGUAAAGAUCUUUUUGAUUGGUCAUCUAGGCAACUGUCUGGACUUAGUGAAUUUUCUGAUGGUGUGCAUCUACUCAAAUCAGCUGCCACUGCCAUGAUGGAUAAAUCAUCAGAUGUUCGCAAAGCAGCGGAGGGAUGCAUUGGUGAAAUUUUAAGAGUUAGUGGACAGGAAAUAAUUGAAAAGAAUCUUAAAGAUAUACAAGGGCCAGCUUUAGCUCUUAUCCUUGAGCGGAUAAAACCUUAUGGGUCUUUCCAAGAAUCACUUGAAUCAUCCAAAGGAGUUUCUACUGGACUAGCAUCAAAAACCAACGCAAAGGUUGUAAAGUCUACUUCCAAUGGUGUCACAAAGCAUGGAAAUAGAGCUGUAACUUCGAGAGCCAUCCCAACAAAGGCGUUGAGACCAGAAACCAUGUUGUCUGUUCAAGACAUAGCUGUCCAGUCCCAGGCUUUGUUGAACGUCAAGGAUUCAAACAAGGAGGAAAGGGAGAGAAUGGUGGUAAGAAGGUUUAAGUUUGAAGAGCCGCGGAUUGAACAGAUCCAAGAUCUUGAGAAUGAUAUGAUGAAGUAUUUCAGAGAGGAUCUACAUAGGCGCUUAUUGAGCACAGAUUUCAAGAAGCAAGUUGAUGGUCUUGAGAUGUUACAAAAGGCACUCCCUUCCAUUGGGAAGGAAAUAAUUGAAGUUCUGGACAUACUUUUGAGGUGGUUCGUUUUGCAGUUUUGUAAAUCUAACACAACAUGCCUGUUGAAGGUGUUGGAGUUUCUUCCAGAACUUUUUGAAUCGUUGAAGGGUGAGGCAUAUGCUUUGACUGAGUCAGAAGCUGCCAUAUUUCUUCCAUGCUUGAUAGAGAAGGUGGGACAUAACAUUGAGAAAGUUCGAGAGAAAAUGCGGGAGCUGGCAAAACAAAUAGUUCAAAUGUAUUCGGCCUCAAAAAGUUACCCUUAUAUUUUGGAGGGUCUUCGUUCUAAAAACAACCGUACUCGGAUAGAGUGUGUCGAUCUUGUUGGUUUCUUAAUUGAUCAUCAUGGAGCUGAGAUAAGUGGUCAAUUGAAAUCAUUGCAAAUUGUUGCAAGCUUGACAGCAGAACGAGAUGGUGAAAUUAGGAAAGCUGCCCUAAAUACACUAGCUACUGGAUAUAAGAUUCUUGGUGAGGACAUAUGGAGAUAUGUAGGGAAGCUAACUGAUGCUCAAAAAAGCAUGCUAGAUGAUAGAUUUAAGUGGAAGGUCCGAGAGAUGGAAAAAAGGAGGGAAGGCCGGCCUGGUGAAGCAAGAGCUGCUCUAAGGCGUUCUGUAAGGGAAAAUGCGCCUGACGUAGCAGAGCAGAGUGGUGAAGUUUCACAAUCUGUUUCUGGGUCAAUAUUUGCAAGGAAAAACUAUGGGCAGCCUGACCUUAACAUGGAGAGACAUUUAAUGCCUCGUGUGCUUGGUGGUGUCACUGGCCCCACAAACUGGAAUGAAGCUUUGGAUAUCAUAUCUUUUGGUUCCCCUGAGCAGUCUGUUGAAGGAAUGAAAGUUGUCUGCCAUGAGUUAACACAGGCCACCAAUGACCCAGAAGGCAGUUUGAUGGAUGAACUAGUAAAGGAUGCAGAUAGACUCGUUUCAUGCUUGGCAAAUAAGGUAGCCAAAACAUUUGACUUCAGUUUGACCGGAGCAUCGUCAAGAUCUUGCAAAUAUGUCCUAAACACGCUUAUGCAGACAUUUCAAAAUAAGAGACUUGCACAUGCAGUCAAGGAAAGCACACUUGACAAUCUUAUCACAGAACUGCUACUAUGGCUUUUGGAUGAAAGAGUUCCCCAUAUGGAUGAUGGCAGCCAACUUCUGAAAGCUUUGAAUGUCUUGAUGCUUAAAAUUCUGGAUAAUGCUGAUCGAACCUCAUCCUUUGUUGUCCUGAUUAAUCUCUUGCGUCCUCUAGAUCCCUCAAGAUGGCCUUCACCUGCAUCAAAUGAAACUUUUGCUGCAAGAAAUCAGAAGUUCUCUGAUCUGGUUGUCAAAUGUCUUAUUAAACUCACAAAGGUUCUUCAAAGCACUAUCUAUGAUGUUGAUCUUGACCGCAUCCUUCAAAGCAUCCAUGUGUACUUGCAAGAAUUGGGGAUGGAAGAAAUCCGGAGAAGAGCUGGAGCUGAUGAUAAACCAUUGCGAAUGGUAAAAACUGUUCUACACGAACUUGUCAAGCUUCGUGGGGCUGCAAUAAAGGGUCACCUAUCUUUGGUGCCCAUAGACAUGAAGCCUCAGCCAAUUAUUCUUGCCUAUAUUGAUCUCAAUCUUGAGGUAACUUUGGCUGCGGCAAGAAUGUUGACAUCAACUAGCCCUGGUCAAACUCAUUGGGGUGAUUCUGGAGCCAACAAUCCAGCACCUGCGACAAAUUCUGCAGAUGCCCAGUUGAAACAAGAACUUGCGGCAAUAUUCAAGAAAAUUGGUGACAAGCAAACAUGCACUAUUGGUCUCUAUGAGCUUUAUCGCAUCACUCAGCUAUACCCCAAGGUUGAUAUAUUUGCUCAGCUCCAAAAUGCCAGUGAGGCAUUCCGCACUUAUAUUAGAGAUGGCUUAGCUCAGAUGGAGAAGAAUGCUGCAGCAGGAAGGACUCCUUCAAGUUUGCCAAUGUCAACCCCUCCCCCUGCUUCUCUUACUGCUUCAUCGCCUGAAUUUGCCCCUCUUUCCCCAGUACAUACAAACUCUGCAAAUGAUUCUAAAUCAUUAAAUACAAAAUCUGACCCAACGAAUUUCACUUUGCCACCAUCAUAUACUGAAGAUAACAGGGCUGGUAAUGCCAUAAAUACAAGAGUUCUUGGCUCGGAAAAUGCAUUGGCAGACCAAAGAAAUGAGAGAGUUAUGAGUGGGGUAACCAGUGGCACAUUGGAUGCAAUCAGAGAAAGGAUGAAGAGUAUGCAACUAGCAGCAGCUGCUGGGAACAUAGAUUACGGAACCCGGCCUUUGAUGUCCGUGAAUGACAGCUUAAAUCUCGGACUCUCUACUCAGACUCGUCCACUAGAUCAUCCCGCUAUCGAGAAUCCGGCACAAGGCGGCAUACUUCCCAUGGACGAGAAGGCAUUGUCCGGGCUUCAAGCGCGGAUGGAAAGACUAAAAAGCGGAGCACUCGAACCUCUUUAAAAACAAGGUGAGAUGUACACAAACUCUCUCCUUUUUGUGCAUUUUCCUACAACCUGUCAUCAAAAGCCCUUGUUGUAAAUGAAAAAGGGGAAAAGAAAAUAUACAGUGCAACAAACCUUAGAAAUGCACAUGUACAGUGUUUCCUGCGGCAUCUGUAUAUUUUGUAUUGUUCAGCCCUGUUGCCUUCUAGAAUAUAAUUUAGUUGUAGAUGCACCAAUUUUAUUUUAUUUUUAAUUCACUUUAAUUUUAGAAGGUGCUAUUUUGGGGUUUUUCGUGAACUCUGUAUCUGACUGUAAUAUCAGGCACAGGCAUAUUUGAUAGAGUAAAAUUUUGUUGCUGAGAGAGUUGGAUGGGGUGGAACCAUUGGGUUAAGAAUGUUGAUAACUAUUUAAUGAAAUACUUUGAUUUUCCCUUAAAAUUUCAAUUAA